AUGAAGGUGCAACAAUGGUUCUCUGCCCGGCGCCGGGGCAAGGGUACGGCGCCCGUCAUCACUCCCACCCAUAGCCAGCUUCCCAUGCUCCAUCUCGCCGACACUACCAGGAACAACGUCAUCGCGGUCGUGGGCGAGUUUGUCGGCACUUUUCUCUUCCUCUUCUUCUCGUUCGCCGGGACGCAGGUAUCCAACACCCCGAAGCCGGCCGCGGGGGCCAAUCCCGACACGUCGAAUCUGCUGUACUCGUCUCUCUGCUUUGGCUUUUCGUUGAUGGUCAAUGUGUGGGCAUUUUACCGCGUCACCGGGGGAUUGUUCAAUCCGUCGGUCACAUUGGCCCUGUGCCUGGUGGGUGGACUGUCCCCUAUCCGCGGGGUGCUGGUCUUCGGCGCGCAGCUGGUGGCAGGAAUCGCGUCUGCCGGGGUAGUCAGUGCGCUGUUCCCCGGACCCUUGAACGUCACCACUCGCUUGGGCGGCGGCACCUCCAUCUCACAAGGACUGUUCAUCGAGAUGUUCCUGACAGCUCAGCUGGUGCUUGUCAUCAUCAUGUUGGCCGUGGUGAAACACAAGUCCACAUUCCUAGCCCCGGUGGGAAUCGGCCUGGUAUUCUUCGUCACGGAGUUGGUCGGCGACUACUACACCGGUGGCUCGCUUAAUCCGGCACGCUCCCUCGGCCCCGAUGUCAUCAACCGCAAUUUCCCGGGGUAUCACUGGAUAUAUUGGGUCGGACCGCUGCUUGGAAGUCUGUUAGCGUGUGGUUUCUUCACCUUCCUGAGGCUCGCCCAGUACCAUACCGUCAACCCGGGCCAGGACUUCAAUGAAUGGGAGGCCAAGAAUGGUCCGGGGUCGUGGGAUGUGUCGAUGCACCGUCCGUCGUUCUUCUCCGAAUCGACCACGGUGGACCGGGUGCAGUCCCCGUCGGGCAGACCGAGCCACCCGACGCCGAGCAACUCGCACGGGCCCAGUAACUCACAUGGCGGUGGCCCUCUCUCCAUCCCUCAUGGGGCGGAGCAGGUCUAG